CACAAAAGGAGGCGUCGUGUGAUGGGUGUGUCAGCGCAGAGGCGUUCUCUUGGUGCGCAUGCGCAUGACGGAGACAGCCGGUGACGUCACGAGUGUAAACAGCAGCCAUCGGACAUUUUAAACAAUCAGCUGUCAGACGGCGCUUAGGCCAGCAUGCAGCUGGAGCCCACAAGGACCUCGUCCGUCUUCUUGCUGUGUGAAGGAGCAGCCUGCAGCCUGUGGUCUCACAACUUUGCUGAACAUCUGCCCACGGAGAUGAGCGUGAAGAUCUUUGAGGAGCUGGACGCAGAGAGCCUGUGCAGCGCCUCCAGCACCUGCAGGCUGUGGCACCACAUCAUCCAGGACAGCAAGCAGCUGUGGAGGAGACAAUGUCACCUGCUGAGAGACGUCUGUCACAGGGAGGUGGACAGCGACCGCAGGGACGGACUCCCCUGGAAGGUGGUGCUCGUGCGGAACUACACGCUCGGCUGUCUGAAGAGAGACUGGCUGAGCGGUCGCUAUAGCAACGUCACCUCAGCUGACCAGCUCAGACACAGCAAGAUGGUGCCGCUGGACGCCGAGACCUGGGGGGAGAUCCUGGAGGCCGAACUGGACCGAUGACAUCCUCGCCGGUGUCCUUCUCUAAUUUCUACCUUUUUAUUCACUUUUGUACAUACACACAUUUAUAUAUGCUUUUUUUUUUACACUUUUUUUCUCAAGAAAAUAAGAGAAUUAAUGUUAUUUUACCCUCAAAACAGUGAAACAUAAUAUUUGUAAGAAUCCCAGUAACAGAUGUUGAUUUAUCACCAAUGGAUGUCAUGGAACUGUUUCAUGUUGCAUGUCAUUGGCUGGAGUCUGUGAAUGCCAAGUGAUGCAAUAAAUCACCAGCUGUUUCUUUGACGUCAUAA